AUGAUUAUCUAUCUAUCAUUCAUCUAUCUAUCUAUCUAUCUAUCUAUCUAUCUCAGUUUCUUUAUACCUAUCUAUCUAUCUAUCUAUCUAUCUAUCUAUCUAUCUAUCUAUCUAUCUCAUACAAACACGCCCACGUACAUCAAGAUGGGCGCUGAAUAUGUGACCAAAUGGAACAUAUCUAUCUAUCUAUCUAUCUAUCUAUCUAUCUAUCUAUCUAUCUAUCACGGCCUAUUCAUAUCUAUCUAUCUAUCUAUUAAGAAAGAGAAAGAACAGAUGGACUAUAUGAUACUUGGUCCUCACCCUCUCUCAAAUCCUAUUCUAUUUUACUUCCGUAUUCUCAAAGUCUGUACUCUGUGGAUUAUUUUUUCUUCUCAUUCCACCGCUACCUUUCUCUCUUUUCUUUUAUUUCUCUUUCAGUAUUUCUUUCCUCCUAAAUCCAUUUUUUCAAGUCAUUCUUUUUCUUUUUCCCUUUGUUCUUUUUUUUCCAUUUUUCUGAAAAUAAAAAAAGGAACUAGAAACAAAAAAAACACUAUCUAUCUAUCUAUCUAUCUAUCUAUCUAUCUAUCUAUCUAUCUAUCGCAAUCUCUUCAUAUCUAUUUAUCUAUCUAUCUCAAUCUCUUCAUUAUCUAUCUAUCUAUCUCAAUCACUUCAUAUCUAUCUAUCUAUCUAUCUAUCUAUAUAUAUAUAUAUAUAUUGCUCAAAGAAAGGCAUGAACAAAAUUUGCAUAUACAUAUAAUUUGA